AUGGCGACCGCGGAGCUCUGCGGGCACGCCGUGCGGGGUUCCACCCCGGGGCCGCGGCCCGGAGGGGCCCCGCGGCCGGCGGAGCGCGCCCCAGGGGCCGUGGAGAAGCGGGGGCCCUACAUGGUGACGCGCGCGCCGUCCCUUCAGGCCAAGCUGCAGAAGCACCGGGACCUGGCCAAAGCCGUUCUGCGGAGGAAAGGCAUGCUGGGGGCCUUGCCGAGCCGCCCCGACUCUUCAGGGAAAAGGUCAGUGAAGUUUAACAAGGGCUACACUCCUCUUAGCCAGAGUCCAGAUGAGAACCUGGUGUCCCUCGACUCUGACAGCGACGGGGAGCUGGGAUCCAGAUCCUCCGGCUACUCCUCUGCAGAGCAGGUGAACCAGGAUGUGAGCCGGCAGCUGCUAGAAGAUGGCUACCACCUGGAUGAGAUCCCAGACGAUGAGGCCCUUGACCUCAUCCCUCCCAAGCCCAUGGCGUCCUCAUGCUCCUGCUCCUGCUGUCUUGGGGACUCGUCCUGCACUCUUCAGUAGGCACAGCCUCCCAGCACAGGCCCUGCUGUCAGCCCGCAACUGCUGGAGGCACCGACCUCUGGUCCAAUCGGGGACUUGCAGGCUGCUGCCCCCGCCAUGAUUCAGGAGUUAGGUGGAAUUGUGCGGUUCGUUGGAGUCAGGGCGCUGUCUGUGAUGGCAGCUGGCAGAGGUGGCUCAGAACCCUGCAGACAUCUUGACUGGAGCUUGAUAGUAGGGUGUUUAAGGGAAGGGGAAGAACUGCACCCAAUCUGCACCAGGCAGCAUCGUAUCAGAGUAGAAAACAGCACUCCAGCUUGCAGCUGGAGUCUAAUGACUGAGUCCACGCGUGCUCCUCGUUCUAGCUGUCAGGUGGACUAGCAGCUUCACUUGUAGGGAUGCACAGUGCUAGGGCAGGAAGUCUUGAAGCUGGUCUUGUGUGCAGCUGGGCUGUGACCUGGGGUGUGUUCUGCUGUUCUAGCCAUCUGGGUGGGGCUUGUGACUGGCCAGCCCUUCCCGGGUAGGGUAAAAUGUCUCAUACUUGUGUAUUUAUUUGUAUUUCCUUGCCUGGGAUGUUUCUUCAAAGGUUAAAAGUUACUGCUGCUGUUCUCAUAGCUACCAGCAGGGGGCAGCGCAAGGCCAGUCAGUGCCUUCCUGGUUGGCCUUGUCCAACUUGAGUAGCAGUGGAUGAGAGGGUGUGACGGUGUGGCUUUGGCCACGGGACAGGGAGGAAAGCCCUGAGAACUCCCAGGCCCUGUCUGAGGUCAGUCUGCCAGCUCAGAAGCAUGGGCAAGGGCCAUCCUGGGCUUUUUCCUCUGCCCAGCUCCCUCUGCCUCAGAAGCUGGAAGUGUGCCUCUGCCAGAGCACUUGCUUGGCAUGCGGAAGUGCUGUGCUCAGGCCCUGUGUGCAGAGCCAGGCCUGAAGAGGACAGCUGGGGUGGGCACUCGGUGGGAAGCCACAUUUCCGUGAGGGACCUGGGCUACUGGAGAAAGUGGCAGGAGAACCCUCAAACCACAUCCUCAUUGUGGCCAUUGCUGUAAUGCACAGAGAAACAUGGCCAUCUGGGGGCCUCAGAGCCAGUGACCCAUGGGGGAGGCUGCAGGACCAAGCAAGGUGGAGAUGGCUGGGUGUUUACCACAGACCCAAAUACAACCCAUAAAGGGUGCCAAGAGCCAACCUGCCUUAAUUCUGAGAAGGUGAUGGUGGAGCGCCCACCUGGGUCUGGAUGCUUUCCAGAGGUCUUGCACUUGACCUUUGUAAAAAUAAAUGCAGUCAUUCCA